AUGUCGAGGGAGUACGUGGAGCUUAGCCAGUGGACCCGCUCGCCCUUUACUCACGACGGGAAGACGUUCAUGACCGCGGAGCAGUUCAUGAUGUACUCGAAGGCCAUGCUGUUCAACGACACCGAGAUGGCGAACAUGAUGCUCAGCACGCCCCAGUCCCAGCCCAGCGAGCACAAGAAGUUGGGCAGGAUGGUGAGGAGCUUCGUCCCCGAGGUUUGGGAUAACGAGUGCGUGAGGAUAGUCGCGGGCGUCAACUCCUGCAAGUUCACGCAGAACGAGAGGCUCAUGAGGAUCCUGGUGAGCACCGGGAACAAGGUAUUGGUGGAGGCCAGCCCCUACAACCGCAUCUGGUGGAUUGAGUUCGAUGCCACCCAUGCGCUGGUCAACCGGAAGCGGUGGGGUGAAAACAGGCUGGGGAAGUCCCUGAUGAUGGUCAGGGACGAGAUGAUGAAGACCAUGAGGGAGAAGGCGGUUGGAGAGGGGGAGGAGGGGUUCAACGUCGGCCAUCCACCCAGCACAAGUAAGUAG